GCUCUCAUUCCGAAUCGCAAACAUCUUUCAGACACGCGGGAUUCCUCAAGCAAAAGUCACAAUCCACAGACAAAUUACAGCAGCGCAAAUGUCCACCAAUACGUCACCUAGCGCUACGCGGGCUUUUCCUCCGCUCUACAAAUCUUCCGGGGUUGCCUCUGAGGACAGACUCGCUUUUUUCCACAUCUUGGAAAGGCUCAAGACACAGAAGAGGACGGGAUGGGUGGAUCACAACGUUCCUUCACCCGAAAGCAUCUCCGACCACAUGUACCGCAUGGCUGUCCUUGCGAUGUGUACAUCCGACUCCGACCUCGACGUCCCUAAGUGUGUCAUGAUGGCGAUAGUUCACGACCUAGCGGAGGCCCAGGUGGGAGACAUCGCGCCACGCGAAGGCAUCCCUAAGUCCGAGAAGCGACGUCUGGAAGCUGAAGCUAUGCAUAACUUCGUACACGAGAUGCUGCACAACAGUCCUGCCGCUCAGCGAAUUGAGGCGCUGUGGCAGGAGUACGAAGUGGGUGAAAGCAAAGAGGCUAAAUUCGUCAAGGACCUCGAUAGGUUCGAGAUGGCCUGUCAAGCAUCAGAGUAUGAGCGCAACCAUGGGAUGCAGACUUUGCAGCCCUUCUUCGAUAGCAGUCUUCCUCUUAUCAGACAUCCAGAAGUGCAGGGAUGGGGACAGGCCCUCGCAACGGAACGGCAGCACUCGCAAUCGAAACACGACGAAACGUCCUCUUCAUAGAGCUACUCUACAUUUUGGGUAUACAUCGACCAGACGGCGAAGCUUUUACAACAACAGGUCUUUGGGGCGAGCUCGAAAUAAC